AACUGGUCACACUUCAAGCAGACGUCACAUACUCGUAUUAUUUUGUUUUGUUUUCUGUGCAAAAAGCUUGAAUUGCCACAGGAGCAGGAUUGCCAUUGGGCAGACGAGAUCCCCUAGCGACGGCAGCAUGGCGAGCGGGACAAGCAGCAGUGCAGCAGCCAGCACAGCGCCACAGCCGGCAGAGAAGUGGGGCUUUCCCCUGCAGGAGCUCUACCGCCUGGCGUUUGCCUUCUACAAGCAGAACUCGGGUAAGGCCAUCCACCUGUCCUACGAGGACAACCUGAAGCUGAUCGCGUUCAAGCAGCAGGCGGCACUCGGAGCGUUUAACACAAGCCGGGCGCCAGCGCUCGGCGUUCUGGACGUGAUUGGACGCGACCGCCAGCAGCACUGGCAGCUUCUGGGCGACAUAACGCGCGAGCAGGCGAUGGAGGGUUUCGUCGAUUUGCUGGACACCAUGUGCAGCGCUUUUCGACCUUAUAUUGAGGCGGUGCGACAGGAUCGCGACGAGACACUGCGCAAGGACCUGCGCCGCAUGGAGGCGGAGAAGGAGGCUCGCGAACGUCAGGAGCGUGCCCAGCAGGAGCUGCUCGAGGAGGGAUACAAGGAGGAGCUGCAGCGCCGUCAAUUGCAGGACGCGCUCAACAAGCAGACGUAUCAGCAGUUUAAGCUUUAUGCGGAGAAGCAGUUCCCUGGCAAUCCCGAACAGCAGGCCGUGCUCAUCCACCAGCUGCAGAAGGAGCACUACCAUCAGUACAUGCAGCAGCUUCAUUUGCAGAACCAAAAUCAGCAACAGACACAACAAAGUCAGAGCCACGAGGCUGGGCAGGAGGAGGACAACAACGCUCCUAGCAACAACAACAACCACAGCAGCCAUAACAUUCCUGAUCUGUCCAACGCCAUGAGCGGCAUGAAGUUAAGCGAUUUGGAAACGCAACAGCAGCUCGGAGAGGAGGAGCAAGGCCAGCCAGCGCAGGAGCAGCACGACGGCGGUGACGACUAUGACGACUAUGUAAUGAUACGACCGGCCAAGAUCUGGACGCGUCCCGACAUCGAACAGUUCAAGACUGAGGUGUCCGCCGGCGAUGGCGACGGUGUCAUUACCAUCGGCCAUGGCGACACUGUGACGGUUCGAGUGCCCACCAACAUGAACGGCAAGUGCAUUUUCUGGGAGUUCGCCACGGAUAGCUAUGACAUCGGUUUCGGCAUCUACUUCGAGUGGGCCAAGCCCGUGACCAACGAGGUGACCGUGCACGUAAGCGACAGCGAUGAGGACGAGGACUGUGUGGACGAGGACUAUCUGUCCACCACCGAGGACUUGGAAUCUGGAUCACUCUCCCAAGAGCGCAGCGACGGCAGCGUUGGCUCGUUGAGCAACCCAAUAGUCGCCCCCAAAGCACCCAUCUCCAUCAUAGUUCCCAUUUAUCGGCGCGAAUGCUACAACGAGGUGUACGUGGGCUCCCACUCCUACCCCGGCGAGGGCGUCUACCUGCUGAAGUUCGACAACAGCUACAGCAUCUGGCGGUCCAAGACUCUGUAUUACCGCGUCUACUACGAGCGCUAAGAGGCCAAAAAAAGAUAAAUUUGUAUUUACUAUCCACUAAUCUUAGAUGAAUCCUAAUCUGCCAUGUGGCAAGUACCCGGGAGUCCUCCUGGUCGGUGUUGGGUGUUGUGCCUUCGUUGAUGCCGUGGCGACACCAUCUCUUUUAUUUUUUUUUGCAAAAGUACAUAUUUUAUUUAUUAUUUAGUUGUAAACUGAAGAGAGAGUCCAAAAUUAAAUUUGAAUUGAAACAAUAAACCAAUAACAAGACACUACUGUAA